CAAUUUCUUCAAUCUCUCUCUCUCUCUCUCUCUCUGAAGCAUUUCUUCUACAACAAUGGCGGUGGAAUUAGUUGGAAUUCAGACCGUUGAACACCUCAAUCGCAUCUUCCAGCUGCAGAAUCACGACUACGCUGCUUCUUCUAGUUUCAAACAAGCUGUCUCCGCCUUGAAGCGCAGCGGACACGCUCGCUUCCGCCGCGGACCUUCAUCUUCUGAUCCGCACGCGCCUUCAAUUUCUUCGCAAUCUGAAGAAAAGCUGCCGAUAGAGCCUCCGCUGCGGGAGUCAACGGCGUCUGAGAAGUUUGAUUUGAAAAGAUCUGGUACGGAUACAACGUCGUCGUUUCUGUCGAUAACUUCUUCUGUCGCUGGGGGAAGUCUGGAAGGAAGCGUUUCCGAUGGUAAACAGUUGUCUUCUUUAGGGAUAGUAGCACCGACUCUGUCGUUCUCGUCGAGGAAACCGCCGCUUCCAUCAUCUCACCGGAAAAGACCCAGCACUGACCGGCCAUCAGGUUCCUUACAAGGAUCUGGAAGAGAGAACAACUCGGUUUCUCGCUCCGGCUGCCAUUGUUGCAAGAGAAGGAAAACCGGAUCAAAACGAGAAGUCAGAAGGAUUCCAAUAAUUGGAUCAAAGGUAGAAAGUAUACCAGCUGAUGAUUACUCUUGGAAGAAAUACGGUGAGAAGAAGAUCGAGGGAUUACCCUUUCCAAGAGUAUAUUACAAGUGCAACACAGUAAAAGGAUGUCCAGCAAGGAAACGAAUAGAGUUAUCUCUAACCGAUUCAAAAAUGCUUCUUGUCACAUACGACAGAGAACACCGUCACCAUCACACUCCGACGCCGGUACCGGCGAGUUUUUCCGGCUUAAAGAUUCAUUGAAGAUUUGCGAGCUCAAUUGGCACCUUAUCACUUCGCACAAUUCCUACAGUAAGCGUUUUCCCAUCAAUUCAUUGAAUGAAUUCCAGCUGCAUCAAAAAAUCUCCGGUGAAACACCAUGGAAAUGUUCAUCAUCGUUGAUGCAAGGUAAUUUUGAUUUCAAUGGGGGAAGCUGCUGCUGCCUGUAUUUCGUAUGAGGAUGUUAAAUAUGGAGGGUGUGAUUUGUAAAUUACGUAAAGUAGAAGGCACUGAAGUGUAAAGAAAAAGGGUAAAGAGGCCUUGAUCUUAAAUGCGAUUUUGUUGAAAUUAUUUUGAUUCUUCUUUUGUCUUUUAUUAAUUAAAAAAAGUCAAAUGAAUUUGAGGUA